AGAAAAGAAUUAUGGAUUCGACCAAUUGAAUCUCCCGGAAGCUUCAGAAUGAACCAAUGACCCAUGUGAUUUGUCCGGAAUUCGACGCGUUUUCCAGGUUGGAACUGCAACACGCAGUCACAGGCAGCACUAAGAACUACAGCUCAGCGCUGAGGAUAUCCGAAAAACCUGGUCGCUUUACACUCUGACAGCCGUGCUCUUGAGUUUCGGUUGCACUCCGUAGGACAAAAUAAUCUAGUCCAUCCCCGACACCCAGACGGCAUACACUAGUCCUUUAACUCCUUCAACCGAUUUGAGCUCCAGUUCUAGAAAACGUUAACGACCUCUGAUUUUAACAUUUUAAACGGGUUCGUUUUUUUGAGGUUCGUUGUGAAAUUAAGGAUAGCUGCCUUUAAAUAUAUGUACCCAAAGAUAAAUGCCUAGAUGACUCUGGACGCUAUCUUAAGCGAAGGCAAGGCAGGGGUGGAGAGCUGGUGUUCUUGCUGUGGCAUGAAGAUGACCCCUUACUUCUCAGAAAAUGCGGUUAUUUCACAGAAUGAAAUCAACCUGCUCAUUAAUGAGAGUUUCCUGACUGUAAAGGGUGCUGCCCUAUUCUUGCCUCGAGGAAAUGGCUCAACUGCACCCAGAAUCAAUCACCGACGCAAUAAACAUGCAGGAGACCUCCAACAGCACCUGCAAGCAAUGUUCACCCUCCUUAGACCUGAAGACAACAUUAGAUUGGCUGUACGGUUGGAAAGUGCAUACCUGGAGCUGACGCGAUACAUGGUGGUAGUUUCCACCAAUGGUAGACAAGAUACAGAGGAAAGUAUUGUUUUAGGAAUGGAUUUCUUCAAGGAUAGCAGUACUUGCACAAUGGGCUUGGUUCUUCCCUUAUGGAGUGACACGCUAAUCCAUUUGGAUGGCGAUGGAGGAUUCAGUGUGUCAACAGUGAACAGAAUUCACAUCUUUAAGCCUGUGUCUGUACAAGCAAUGUGGUCAGCUUUGCAAAGUUUGCAUAAAGCCUGUGAGAUUGCUAGGACGCACAACUACUACCCUGGGAGUCUUUAUUUAACGUGGAUUAGUUAUUAUGAGAGCCGCAUUAAUUCUAACCAGGCCUUCAUUAAUGAGUGGAACGCUAUGCAGGAUGUGCAGUCUCAUCGCUCUGAUUCACCUGUCCUCUUUACUGAUGUACCAACAGAGCGAGAACUGACAGAAAGACUAAUCAAGACAAAACUUCGGGAGGUAAUGAUGCAGAUGGAUUUGGAGAAUGUCACAUCCAAAGAGAUUCGCACAGAAUUGGAGAGGCAAAUGGUCUGUAACUUGCGAGAAUUUAAAGAGUACAUUGAUAAUGAGAUGAUUGUAAUCUUGAGACAGAUGGACAACCCAACUGAAAUAUUUGAGCACGUUUACCUGGGCUCGGAAUGGAAUGCGUCCAAUUUGGAAGAUUUGCAGGGCCGAGGGAUUCGAUACAUCUUGAACAUCACUCGUGAAAUUGAUAACUUCUUCCCAGGAAUGUUCGAGUACCAUAAUAUCAGGGUAUAUGAUGAGGAGGCUACAGAUCUGCUUGCAUAUUGGAACGAUACAUACAAAUUUAUCUCAAAGGCAAAAAAAAAUGGAUCCAAAUGUCUUGUUCACUGUAAAAUGGGCAUCAGCAGAUCUGCGUCCACAGUCAUUGCAUAUGCAAUGAAGGAAUAUGGCUGGAAUUUGGAAAAAGCUUACAGUUAUGUGAAGGAGAAGCGGACAGUUACAAAACCUAAUGUGAGCUUCAUGAGACAACUGGAAGAGUACCAGGGUAUCUUGCUUGCUAGCAAGCAACGGCACAAUAAGCUAUGGCGAUCUCAUUCAGAUAGCGACCUUUCAGAUCACCGUGAGCGUAUUAAUAAAUCUGCUGUUGACUUAAACAGAAGGGACAGUACUUCCACUACAGAAAUGCCAACUGAUCUACUUACUGAGCAUCCGUGUCAGUCCCAGUUCUCAAAUGUCCUAGAAACAAGUUUACCUGGAGUCCAUGAAAGAAAAAAUGAGUUAAAUUGUGCAAUUGAUACAACAUAUGAAAUAUCUUUAAAAAGUAACCCCAAUGACUUGAACACCGACAUCUCUUCUGCAGCAGUGCCAGGACUGAAGAUCACUGACAGUACCACCACGAGGUUACCAGCAGAUUACAGCUCAGAUAUUCUCCCUCUCCAAGACUUCCACUCUGACAAAUCUGCAGAGGUCUUGUCACAGAAUGGAUUUUCUUCUUCACCUACCAAUUUCAUGGUGUUGACUGACUCGGCAGUAGGUGAAUCAGAGAAAGGUGUUAAUUUAAACCCAAAUGACAUUUUGGUACCGUUACUUGAAACUGCACCUCUACCAGAGGAUCAUAAAGCUUCACAGGAACUGAUUUCCUCUGUCUCACCAUCAAACAUAGAUGCUGGGAUUUGCAGUUUAAGUACUGAUCGAAUUGACUUCUUCAGUGCCAGAGAAAAAUUCAUUGAGCUUUCGCAGGAGAAUGGAGCAAGAGCCCAAAAGCACUUAAAAACAGAGGAGUUUGGUGGUGGGAAGUAUUGUCCCACAAAAGUGGCUGCACAGGAAACCCUCGAGAAAGAACAGAUUACAAAUGGUCAGGGACAGACUUCAUUGGAUAUCUCAGCUCACGUAAAAGAUAAAUGUGUAGAUGAUGACGCAAAAUCUAAUAAGGAAAAUCUAGUUCCAACAUUGUUCAACAAGAAGUCUUCCUUAACGAGGUCUCAGUCCUUAAGUGUCAUUUCUGUGAAAGAAAUUGUGACGGGAAUAGAGUCCAGCCAGAGUUCAGGUGUGUGCCAAAGCAAGAUGGAAAGUGUCACCACUAACCAGGUCCAAACACCAAAGAGGAACACAGUUCAUGAGCUACCAGCAGAUUUUCAUUGGCUUUCUGAAAACAACAACAUUUCAGAAAAAAUUUGCGAAAAUUACUGUAAAAAUGCCACUGAUUUGUCUGAAGCUAAAGACGAUGUAUGUCAACACGUGCAUUUAACAGCCAAGAGCUAUGAGGACUGCCAGGAGACAGCCAUUAAAGAGUCUACACAGGAUGGAAGCAUAGAGCCAAAACAAGUGCCAAAAUGGUGCCCGGGCUCAGUCAAACGUGCAACACAAGAAUUUGAAGAACGAUUAAAACAGGGGCAAGAACAUCAAUCAUUGGCAACGUUACCAAUCCGUAAAAAUUCCAGAAUUGAUGGAGCCACAGCUUGUGACAUAGUGGUGACAAAUAGGAGUGAGGCUAUCGUUUCUGAGUUACCUUUGUUGAAUGAUAAAAGAAAAGAAAGGAUCGAUGAUGACCCACAUUUAUUUCUCGAGAUUUGUGUAUCUCAGAAUCAAGAAUCGAUCUCGGACUCGCAGUCACAUGUGAUAGAGCAUCCGUUAGAACCAAGACCGGAAUUGGAACAAGCUGAAUCUGGCUCUUUGAGCACUCUGGAACUUGGGAUAACCCACUCUUUUGAAACCUCCCAGGAACUGGAUUCAUAUACCCAACUUCCAAAGAAAGUUGAAAUAAUUGAGUACACACAUGUAGUUAAACCACCAUCUCAAGAAAACAAUGAUACUAUUUGCUCGACAGCAGAAGAGGAGGAAAUUGUUGAAGUUGAAUCUCUGGGAAAGGAAAAUAUGGCCAUAGUACAAUCUGCAGAUGACCUAAAAACAACAGAAGUGAAAACCACCGAAUUUCCAUGCCACUCACCACUGUUACCAUUUUUGGGCACCGUAAGUUUGACUGAAACUGACAACAAAGAAAUUGAAGGAGCGACCUUCGAAUCUGGUAGUCGUCCAGAUGAUGCAGUUGACAGCUUCUCUGAAUAUGAAAUUGCUUUAGUUGUUAGUGGUGCAGCACGUUUGCCAUUAAAUGGCUUGGAAAAUCAAGCACAUGUACUUCACCUGGAAGGCAUCACAGAAUCCAGUACAGACACUGAUGCGGAGACCCUUGAUGAUAAAUAUUUGGGGCUUCGGGAAGCUGACACAAAAACUACAUCUUGGCAAAGAGGUGAUGGGUGCUUUACUCUACUGAGUCAUGAAGAUUUAAAGUUGAGUUUCAGCAGAUUUGAUGAAAGUGUCAGGGACUUGCAAGAGAUGUCAAGAUUUGAAAAAUGUACCCAUAAUCUUAGCCAUGGCCUGAGCAGUGACAGUACAGGAUGUCUAAGUUGUACGCUAGGGAUGAGUAAGCAACAGUCAAAGGAAAUUGAAGCUAAAAUAAGGCAAGCAGGUCUCACAACUCCAUCACAGAUUAAACGCUCAGCAUCCAUUGCUAAGCUGGGUUACCUGGAGCUUUCAAGGGAUGAUUUAUUUAGAAAGGGGUUGGAUAAUUCUAAAACUUACCAAGCAUUUCUUGACUCCAUCCAGUCUACACCAUGGGCAGUGCAGAAUACAAGUGAAUAUAGAACUGAAUGUGCUGUGAAAGAUGAGCCCAGUAAAAAGAAAUGUGUUUCCAUUUCUCUUCUCCAAGAUCCUCAACCCACAGUGUGUUUUUCAGAACAACUUAAUGCAUCAGAAAGUAUUGCACAAAGCGAGCCUGUGGAGAUGCCCUUAGUACAAUAUGCCAAAGCAGUUGAGUCCCAAGAGUGUCCAUUGGCAAGUACAGAAAAGAACCUUCCACAGAUAAAACCUUUGUUCCCUUAUGGUACCAAUGCACCCUGUCCCACCCCACUGAUGUCUGUAGCACCUCGGCAGCACCAUCAUAGAAAUCAUGCAUUAAAGCGAUUAAAAGCAGCUAAUGAAAGAAAACGCACAACCAAUCCUUUGUAUAACACCAUGUGACCCUAAGCCCAAAAGUUAUGCCUCCUUAUGAGAGGCAAGUGUUUUCAAUGGAACAAGCACUUUACAAUUUGUUUUCUAUAUAAUUGUUAAAUAUAGGGUUUUUUAAAUGAUUGCAUGCUGACAUUGGGCUUCUUUAAUUCGUUCGUUCUUGCUUUCUUUAUUCUCAAAGUUGUAUUUGACUUAACGUUGUGUGAAACUAAACCCUUCAACCACAAAAUUUUAUUUAAAAGAGCACACCAGCUAAUAUGGAGCAAGCUUAUAGUUAACUUUAUCAGUCUGUUGUUUAACAUACCUCUAAAUUGAAAUCAGGGAAAAACAGCUCAUUGUGAUAAGUUCUGUACUAUUUUUACAAAUGUCAUUGUCACCUGUUGCUUAUUAAUUGACAUGCUUUCCUAUCAUACAUUAGGUCCUCAGUCUAAUCUUCCUGCUGAGAGAAAAUAUUGACCUUAUGAAUUUCUUCCCCCUAUUGUGUAGUCUUGCAAAAUGGCUGUUAAACGUUUGGUGUGUAUUCUGUGUUGUAGUGAAACAGUGAGCAAAAGAAUUUGGAUGCACACUGUUCCUUAAUCAUUUUUAAGCUAAUUUUAUGUAAAAUUUAGAUCAAUAGUCUUUGCAGGGCUAUAUAGAGACUGUUAGCUGCGAUAUUUUUGACCUCCUUGAUUUCUCUAAUUUUCCAUCACUGAAAUGGGUUUACAUGUUGUUUUGUGUUAGUUUGUGUAUUCUUUAAGUGGUCUAGAUUCAGGAUUAUACGUGAAUUAUUACUUGAACACUACAGUGGGCUUUUGAUAAGACCUUCCACAUCCGCUCACAGGGAAAUCCUUAUAAUAACUGUUAUCUGCCUUUUUCUUUAUUAUUCCUGUAUAUUCUACUCCUAAAGUGCCAUCUGUUGGUCCCAUCGGAAGGACCUAAGUUCAUCCUUAACCUUAAUGGACAGUCACUUUUGAAUGUGACUUCUUUAAAGAAAGAAAACAAUUUUUAGUUUUAGAAAUCACUGGUACGGCUGUUUCUAUUUUGUUGAAGGUGUGAAUCUAAAUUUACUAUCUUCAUGCCUGCCACGUGUAUAAUGGUCAAUAUUUUCCCCUGCCUGAGAGUACAUUUGAUAAGGCCAACAGUUCUUUUAAACUGGAAUUCUCUUAAUUGCAGUAUGUCAUUUACAACUUCAGUUGCAUAACAGCUGUAAGAAUGUCAGCAUUUUCCUUGGAUCAGUACACAUCCGUUCUGCUAGGAAUAAUUCAAUACAGCUCCAUCUGAUUAGAACUGUGAUACCUAGGCAAGAAUUUAUACUGGAAGCUUGUGGAUCUAUCUUGAGGAUAUCAGUAGUAUUCUUGUGGUAAUGACUUUCUCCCAUGUACAUUAAAUUUUGUCACUGUUUUCCUGUAUUUUCCUCUAGUCCUGUUGAUGUUCUGUACCACCUAUAGAUUGCACGUUAAUACUUGAUGUAAUGAAAGCUGUAAGCAAUGUUCAUGCUCUGUACAUUAAAGCAUUUAUCUGAUUUUUACGCAACCAGCUUCUCCAGAUCUGCUAGCUGUGUCAAACCCAUUAUUAGUAUGUCCUCCAGUUUAAAUGGGACAUCCUGGAUGUAUUAUCGUUUUUAAUAAAUAGUUGCUAUAUAAUUAGUACAAAAUACUGAGCAGAAACAUAAUUGAUUCAACCAAUCUAUCCACUUGAGAAUUUUGCUUUUGGAAAACCUAAAUAGUCUAAAACAAGAUAUUUGGAAUUAAUUAAGAUUAAUGUUAGGGCAGCACGGUGGUUCAGUGAUUAGCACUGCUGCCUUGCAACACCAGGAACCCAGGUUCAAUUCUACCCAAAGGUGACUGUCUGUGUAGAGUUUGCAUGUUCUCCCCAUGUCUGCAUGGAUUUCCUCCAAAUGCUCUGGUUUCCACCCAUAAUCCAAAGUAAUGCAGGCCAGGUAGAUUGGUUGUGCUGGAAUGCCCAUAAUGUUCGGGAUAUGUAGAUUAGGUGGGUUAUUAGAGGAAUGGACCUGGGUGGGAUGCUCUGGGGGUCAGUUUGAACUUUGCGGGCUGAAUGGGCUGUAUCCACACUGUAGGGAUUCUGUGGUCUAUGAAAUCAUAGUAAAAGAGCAAAAUAAAAUUUUGGGUUCCAGCUAUAACUAGCAUAAUGUGCUGUGUGUCCCCGAGAGAGCCACAUUUGUGCUUUUGGAAAUCUGCAUAACAUGCUUUUCUUGGAUUAAAAAAUGUUUUCUCUUGUUCGUGUUUCUUUUCUCUGAGUAUAUUUCUGUCUCUUCUGGGGUGGGGGGGAUGGGGCAUGGCGGUGGUAGUGGGUAAGCCAUCAUCACUUACUUACAUUUUUGAUCAGGUGACUGUUCAAGUAGAAUAGAUUGAUUAUGCCGUUUUUUUUCAUUACUGUUUUGCAGUUGCAUUUCAUCUGUGUACUGAACCUAGCUCAAGUCAUUAUCAAACUGUAGCACACAUAGCCAGUUGGGAUAAACUUGCACAAUUGCUUAGAUUGGUGGGGUGUUGAGUCAUUUUGGUUCCAAGGUCCUUAAUAAAGAUUCUUACCUGUGUUAACCCUAAAUCAUCACUGCUUUCAAAAAAAAUCUAAAUGACAGGGUUUUCAAAGUUUUUUACUGUUUUUUUUGUACAAACUGUAAUCCCAACAAGCUCCUAGUACUGCUGUAUAUCCAUAUUUUUGUCUAAUUAUGGCUUCCAUUGUAAAUUAAAGUAAGAGAUUAGACUGAUAACCAAAUGAAUUUUGCCUAGAACAUGAUGUGAAAUUAGCUGCUAGGAGGACCAGACAGCAAAUUGAUGCUCGGAGUUUGAAUACAGGUGUCAAAAGUCUGGAGCCUGCUGUUGGAAUUUUGUUUUUUAAACCACUGCAGUUCAACAACUUUUAAAGGGCAUUUUUAUAUGUUUUUUUAAAUGUGAUUAUUAUAUUGUUUACAUUGUGAAUAUUGGAGCCGUACAUUUUCUUAACUUAUAGCUGUACCCUACGUGCUGUGUAGGUGCCGUCUGUUGCCUUGGCAUUCAGCUUUCACAUUUGGUUCAUUCUAGUGAAACUGAUUUUUAUGCCAUUUGUUUAUUCAACAAAAUUGUAAAUUGUGACUGCAUGUGCUGUGUGGAUACAACUUCACUUUUAAGUCUUUGUUUUUGUAAUACAGUAGUAUGAAUACCACAGUACCUAGCUUUUAAAAAUUUGGUACAUUUUUUAAAGCCUUAUGGCACCAUCUUUCAUGUCUGUUGUCGUAAGAAAUAUUUGUUUUGGCACAAGUCGUGACCAUGACUUCAAAUAAAUCUGAACAAAAUGUUUAGAAUGAAGAUUUAUUUUGUUCCACAGGCUUUUUGCAGUCUGUAAUUUUCACUUCAUUAAGCUUAAUCAGUCCAGCACUUCAUGUUGGACUGUCACUCUGCUAUUUUUCAUUAUGGGAUGUUCCACUGUCCGAAUUAAUUUUUUAUUGCAAGUGUGCUAUGUUGCUUAAUGUGAAGUAAUGCACUGUUGUAUGAAGUACAAUGUUCUUGUUACAAAAUUAAUAAAUUUUUAUUUUGAGGAUGAA